UAUAUAUUCACUGUCGCUACAAACUGUUUUUGCUAAACAUACUUAAAAAAUCUAAAUAUAUGCUUAUUUGUUAUAUUACUUUUUUUAAAACCAAUUUUAGUUAAAGUUUGAUCUAAUCAUUUUAUAAUUCAGCUUUGAACUUCUUAAUAAAAAUUACAGACUUUUAUUUAGAAACGUGCUUUUCAAGUACGCAUGCGCGCAGUUGCUGUUUUCGUGCUUGCCAGUUUUUUAAUUUGAAAUCUUCAACCGGAAACGCAUUCUAGCUGCAAAUGUUUUUAGCCUGGUCUUUCACUUCGCAAAUUGGUGCUUGGCGCGUCGUUUUGGCUUCAAACAAAAUGUUUUUGUUAGAUUUGUAUUUUUGUUAAAUAAAUGUUUUAUGCCUAAUUACGUAAUAGUAAAUUAACAAAUAAACCGGAAGUGCUUUUUUUUAAUCAUCAAAGCUUUAUUGGCUCAUAGCUAGGAACAUUAGCCAUCGUGCAAGCAGUCAUUUGCUUAGGAACGAUAAAUGAGGUCAGGUGUGCGCUGUCAUGUUAUCCUGACAGUCAUCUCUACCGGUUAUGUCCGCGCGCCUGACGCCGUCCGUAAGUGAGAUCGGACCAGUGUGAGUCGACCGGAGCCAUGAUGAGCAUCCCGCUGGGCAGGAACGGCUGGAUCGGGCUCGCGGCGGGAGCCACCGCCGGCCUGGGGCUGAUCGCCUUCAUCAUCUACAAGGAGAUCCGCAGGACCAGGACUCCGCUCGAGCCGCUCUCCAGGAGCCGCGCGGCACCGCAGCCGCUGGGCCGCGCGGGUGGAGGGGCCAGCCCGCAGGAACCGCUGGAUGCGCAGGAGAUGGAGGCGCAGCAGCAGGCGCUGGCGGCGGUGGAGGCCGUGGUUCAGAGCUUGUCCCCCCAGCAGGAGCUGGAGCUCAGGAAGCAGCUGGACCAGGUCCUGGGCAGUGUGGCUUCGCUGCGCUCCGAGGUGGCAGAGCUGAGGGGGGGCCUGCAGGACAUUGCCCUGCAGAUCAUUCAGGACAUCAAGAAGGGCGUUGAGGACAAUCAGCGCAUCCGCCGGCGGCGGCAAGUCCACAGAGACCGCACCGACUCCGCCAGCUCCAGCUCCAUCUACUUCACCGCCAGCCAGGGAAUGAGCAGCACGUGUGAGGAGACCAGCGAGGGGGGGUACUCCACGGCGUACGCAGACUCCGACUUCACGGACAGAGAGGAGGCAGACAAGCAGCCCGAGUCUGAGGAAGAGGAGGACCAGAGCUGCGCGACAGUUCUCACCCUCCGCCAGGAGGACUCACCAGAGGAGGAGGACGGGGUGGAUGAGGAAGAGGAUGACGAUGAAGAGGAAAAUGAGGGAAGUCUGCAGCAGCCUAACGAGGUGCCGAGCGGAGAGCUGGCUCUCCUCCUGGCUCAGAGCGACAUCCUGCACACGGGAGACGCCAGCCUGAAGGCCGAAGGCUUCCGGCUGCUGCUGGACAACCGAGCGGAGCACGGACACAGCAGGGAGUUUCUAUGGCGACUGGCUCGAGCGUACGUGGACGUGUACUUUGCUGCUCAGGACAAACAGGAGAGGAUGAGCUAUGCACAGAAAGGUCGUGACGAAGCCGAAGCGGCUCUGAAGAGGAACGGCCUAAACGCAGAGUGUCACAAAUGGUUGGCAGUGCUGAGCAGCCUGAGCGCGGAGCACGACAGCACACACAGCAAACUGAAGAGCGGCUUCCUCCUGAAGGAGCAUCUGGACCGAGCGCUCCGCCUGCGAGACGACGACCCCGUCUGCUACUUCCUGCUAGGCCGAUGGUGCUUUGAGGUGGCGUCGCUGGACUGGUUGGAGAAGAAGGCGGCGGCUGCUCUUUAUCGGAGCGCCCCCACCUCCUCACUGCAUGAUGCACUGGAGAACUUUCUGAAGGCAGAGGAGCUCAGUCCAGGUUUUUCCAGGAUGGUGAGACUUUACAUCGCCAUGUGUCACAAAAAGCUCGGGAACAUCUCCGAGGCCACAAACUGGGCGGAGCUGGCGCUGAACACGGCCUCCAGCUGCGACGAAGCGCCGACCAACGCUGCAGAGGCGAGGAAACUGGAGGCUGAGCUGCGCGUCUUAACAGAUGGGAACAAGUGACGGUUCCUGGAAGAUCUGUUGGUGUGAAGCAUCACUGUGAAACUCUGAUUUCAGACCUGGAGUGCUCGUGUGUGUGUGUGGAGUCCUGAUUUAACUGUUUUAACUUAUUGAAUCUUUAACGUUUUUGUCUUUUUUAUCUCAGAGACCAAAAGGAGAAAAUUAUUUUGAAGGAGGUUUGAACAGAAAUACCCAUAACUCAGAGAGACUCAGCAAAGUGAACUUUGACCUGUCCUUUCUUUUUCUUGGAGUCAUUCCUUUGUUUUCGGUGAUGUGGAGUUUCCAUCCAGGGUUGUUUUUGAGGAAAUCUGGGACUAUGGAGCCAGAGAUUGAAUCGGUUCUGGAUCAGUCCCAAACUAACGAGGUUUAGGUGUGAUUGAAGGAAGCGGAGCGUGUGACCUUUGAGCAUGAAGCCUAUUUUGAGCCGGAAAAGGUCCUUUUGUCUGACCAUCACAUAAUUUAUGAAAACAAUAAAUGUUCUGUUUUGAG